UAUUGCAUCACUGAGGGGCUCUUGUGAACAUCUUCUGUUCCAAAGGCUGCAGCUCUCUCUACCCAAGGAAAGCAGCUGCGUCAUACCAACAUCGUCGAUACAAAAUUCAACCAUAAAGACGACGAAGAAAAUCAAUUUCUUUAGGACACCCCUUCAAACACACAUCAGCACUCACUUUAUUCAGAGAAAUCGGAAGGCAAGGAGUCCAAUAACUGGAUUGAAUUAACAUAAUCGAAACUGAAAAUAUUAGAUUUUCCUUGGAAUAAUGGUGAAACUGGGGAAUCAUUUCUACGACAAGAAUAACACCAAAGUGCCCAUAUCUGAAGAUGGAUUUGAUACCAUCCCCCUUAUCACACCCUUGGAUGUCAAUCAGCUACAAUGCCCCCCGCCUGAUAAGGUGGUGGUAAAAACUAAAACAGAAUAUGAUGCUGACCACAAGAGGGGCAAAUUCCACAACCCUAAAAUAGCAGAAUAUACAAUAAGCAUGACUGAAGGUGUCUCUGAUAGUUUUAAGGUCACACUGUUAGUGCUUUUUGCACUGGCGUUCCUAACCGGUGUAGUGUUUCUGGUGAUCUACAAAGUUUACAGCUGUCCAGACGGAUUUGUCUUUCAGCACAACCGCUGUAUUCCAGCUGGAAUAGACAGUUAUUAUUCUGAACAAGACCCCAGUGCCCGAGGAAAAUUCUACACUGUUAUCAACCACUACAACGUGGCUAAGCACACACUCACUCGCUCUGUGUCACCCUGGAUGACGGUGAUGUCUGAAGAAAAGGUAUCUGAACAGGAGACAGAGAAAACAGCUUAGAAGAGAGCACUGCAAUCAAGAGUACAGGAGUCACAAAUGUUGAGCAGUAAUACUGUAUAAAUGGGAGCGUUUAACUUUAAAUAUAACCAUAAGCAGCUAUGAGAUUUUUAAAAAUACAUAUGUAACAUUUUUUUGGGUCUACAUAACUCUGCAGAUUUUAGGCAAUAGUUGAAUAAUUUUCAUUGUGUAGCAAAGCCAGUAGCACUGUAAAGACAAAUGAAUCUUCAUUUGAGAUGGUGAUUCUAGUUCUUUCUCAAUGGUUAUAAUUAAAGUUGACUUUCAGGACAGGCGGAUGUAUGUACAGGACACUGUCAGUAAUGGAUUAUGCUGUAUGAAGAGAAAAAAAAAACAGUCAAGUAGUUUUUUUCUGUUAUUUAUUUUCUUAUUUAUCUUGUUUUAUCUUUCUUGUCUUACUACUCGCUACUAUUGUUAAUUUGUAAUUGAUAAUGAAAUUCAGUCACACAACACGUUUGAUUUUAUUAAUGCAAACAGAAUUCUAUUUGUUCACUGCUUUUAGUGAGGAUGUGCACUGGAAUACAGAUUGGUGUACUGUAGAAAACUCUGAGGGCAUAUUUGGUCUUCAUUAGGUAACUGACAUUUUUCAAACUGUUCUUUUUCAAUUGAAGUUUUGAUUGAUUUCCUUGCUUAUUGAUGCAUGAUUUGAUUAUUUUAAUUUAUAACUUGUUAGGGAAGAGCUCAGACCUAACUAAAUACAAGAAAUGUUACACAAGACCCUUUCAAAAUAUAUUAACGUGUUCAACAUACAAAGUAUGAGUGCAUAUGUGAAGUAGUACUAUUUUUUUUUGGGCGAUCUGAAUUCCACAACAAAUAAAGUAAAUGCACAUUAUAUUGAAUAUUAGUUAAAAAAACAACAAUAUACACAAAAACUUGAUUGUACUGUAUUUACAGUAUGAUUUAAUUAUCCUGCCCUAAUACUGAAUCAAUAUAAAACACAUUAAUUAAUGAGAAUUAAGACCAUUAACAUAACUAGUGGUUUCUGUUACAUUACUAAAAGCAUCCCAUAAUCCAGUGUACAAUUUUAACACUGAACAUUUAAUCAAAAUGUCAAAUUAGAUAUGCAAGUUCUUUAUGAAGGGUUGUAAUGUAAAUGGUUUGACAAGGGGAAAAUGCGUGUUGCAGGGCUGUGCUGAACCUUCAUAGCUUUGAUAGUUUUUGACAACAGCUGUAUGUGAAUACAGAUAGUCAUCAUUUUCCUUUAAGGUUCAUUCUAUAUGUAGUGGAAAUGUCAAAAGUAGUAGUAGAACUCAAAGAAAACCCACAAAAAAGCACAUUACAUUUGCAAUUACAAUGUAAUGUUUAUUUGUUUAGGUUGAAUUAGUAGAGACAACACAUUGUGUGCUUUAUUGCUUUAAGAAGUACAUCGUACAUUUUCUUAAAACGAGUUUAGUUUAGUAAUUGCUCAUCUUUGUUUAUUAAUGCGCAAAAGGCUUGAUAUGUCACUGAGUGGUUGGACAGGCUUCAAUGUACUGUAUGCUGUUGUAGUGUCACGCUGCAUGAAAUGCAAUAAAACCAGUGCCAGACGUUUUUCCUUGCCUAACAAAAGGCUCUCACAAACACAUUUUACGCAGGUCAUGUCGUUUUUGUUGAUAAUCUAAAUUAAUAAAAUAUCUACUUUAUUGAAUGUAGUGAAGUGAAGCAAUUAGGUUGUAACUUUUGACAUUUUCACUUUGUGAAAAAUAAAUAAAAUUUAAGAAUGACAUAAACGAUAUACAUGUGUAAUUACUGCCUCUAAAUCAAAGUAGACCACACAACCGGAAUCAUUGGACUGACUGUUAUAAUUAAAAAAGAAAAAGAAAAAAAGAAAACAAGUACAAUGUUUUUCUCAUGAAAUAUUAAGUAUAGCUUGUCUUAAAUCAUCCUCACUGCAAACAAAUGUUAAAUCAAACAUCCCUUGAGUGAACAGGAGAAGACUCUUGUGGGACCACUUAGACAAACCUUUCAGACAUCAUACAAUGUCUUAAUAAAGGUCAUCCUUACAGUGGCAUGCAUGUUAAAUCUUUUUACAAGAAAUGGAGGCUUUAGUGGGAUAAUAUAAUCGUCGUAGUACUUUCUUUUUUUAACCCCUGUUGAUCCGGUCUGGAGUUAAAUUUGUAUUUCAGGUCAAGUAAUUAGGAUUCAGAUUUGCUCUCAAUAUGAUGAUCUCCAAAGACCAGUUCUCUACAUUAGCUGUCAUACCAGUCCAGGAAGAGCAAGGAAAAGGAACACAUUACAAGAAAGAAAAGAAUCCACACACACAAACCAGCAUUGUUUUUAAUCGCCUGGAAAGUAGAAAAAACAUAAAUAUUAGUAUGAUAAAAUGGAGCUUUAAAAAAGGUAUACUUGUAAUUGUUCCCCCCUUUUUGUACAUGGAAGAACAUUCAAAAUACAUAAAAGCUGGUAUUGAAAUGUAAAAAGACACAAAGCUUAGUAAAAAAAAAGAAAAUUCAAGUUAUGAAAACAUUAUAAUUUUUUUUUUUAUAAAAACUAAUUUUAACACAACAUCAUAAUCCCCCCACAAUUAUCCCAAAUAUCAGACAAUUGUGUUGUUUAAAAUAAAAUAAAAACAUGUUGCUUUUAAAAA